AAGACAGUACAUCCGCAUUUACUGUAAAUCCCUGCUGGAUGCCAAUCUGUAUAACUCCUCGUGUGGCUGAACUGGGGCAGCUCCGAGCUCAAGAAUGAAGCUGCUGCUCGGUUUGGUUGUUCUGGUGGCGACGCUGGGGGUCCUUUAUUCUGCCCCAGAGGACCAACCCACUGGCGUCUCCGAGGACACCUUAACACAGCUGUCUCUGGAUGGUGAGAAACUGGUGGAUGAGGAGGUGAGGAGAGCUCUGUAUGGGGUGAAGCAGAUGAGGGAGGUGAUGUGGAGGAACGAGCAGAAGCAUGAACGCCUCAUGAAGUCCCUCCGACACAGCAGUGACAAGAAGAAGGAGGCAGACCAACUGGCUGAUGAGGUGACUGAGAAGCUGGAGGAGGCGGAGGAGCAGUGCAAAGACUCCCUGCAGUCUGAGUGGGUGGAGUGCAGACCCUGUCUGGAGGAUGCCUGUAAGACCUUCUACACCUCCACCUGCCGCAGAGGAUUUGGCAUUUUCCAAGCCAAGGUGGAUAACUUUUUCCGCAGAGUGUCCAGGCGCUUUGGCCCCCGGGAGCCUCGCACAGAUGCGGGGGACAUCCUGGUGAAUCAGGGCCCCGACGACACAGACACCGAGGUUGACCGCAUCGAGGACUCCUUCAACCGCCUGACCGGCAGGGUCGGCCUGCUGGUGAGCCGCAGCGUGGCCCUGGUCUCCAGGAUGCGCAGCAGGCUGGACGAAGUCCUCCAGAGAGCCUUCCUGAACAACAGCGACGUCCUGACGGAGGAGGCCGCCGCCGCCGAUAUCUCCGACGCCGGACGGGACUCGGGCUUCCUGCAGGGGGCGGGACUGGAGGAGGUGCUGGACUCCUUCUUUGACUUCGGCAAGAGCGUGGUGGAGGAGUUUGGAGCUGUGGUGACCCAGGCGUUUGAUGACAUCCACGUGGCAGUGGAGGAAAAGAAGAAGAAAGUGAGGGAAAGUUUCCCGCGUUUCCUGCAGAACAGGAAGUUGUGCAGAGACCUUCGCAAGCAGACGUCAGAGUGCUGGCAGCUGCAGAGCCAGUGUGAGGCCUGCCAGGGGCCUCUGCUCACAGAGUGCCCCAGUGUUCGGGAGCUGCACGUGGAGCUGGACGAGGUUUCCCAGCUGCUGGAUGUGUCCAAGGAGCAGUACAACGAGAUCUUGUCUAUUGUCCGGCGCCACACUGACGAAACGGUCAACUGGCUGAGCAGCAUGGCGGCUGAAUUCAGCUGGGUGGCUCAGAAUGUGAUCAACAGCAGCAUUCCUGAAAACAUCUUCCGCAUCACCACGGUGACCUCUUCCACUCUCCAGGUGGCGCCAAAGAGCCACGACGAACAGAACUCAUCCGAGACUGAGACCAGAGUGGAGGUCAACAUCCUGAACUCUCCCCCACUUCUCCUCUCUGUUCCUGGGGAGCUGGAGCUGCGGAACCCCGCCUUCAUCCAGUAUGUGGCUCAGGAGGCUCUGAACAAGUACAAGGAGAUGUUCAGGGACGAGGAUGAAUAAACCCACUGUCUCCUCUUCUAAACUUCAACCAGCACUUCCUUUGUGUAAAAACAACUAGCUCGUCAUCCUGUAUAGUCGGCAUAAUCUUGUUGAAAUGUAAAUACACAACAAUUGAACGACAGCAAUCAGUGCUAUUUAUUAAAUGAAAAAAAUAAGAAAAUGUACGUCAUACCUGUUGUCAAAUAGUGUACAUAAAUAAAAACAAAUAGAAGA